GUCACAAUUAGAGACCUCUUAUUUAAAAUAAUUUCUCCUUUCCUCUGUCUUACAACCGUCGUCGAACAUUAAUAGUCAAGACAGAAAAUGUGGCGUCUAGCGGUCCUCUCCCUCGCGCUAGUACUAGCGACUGAGGCCAAGUUUUCAUGGAAGCAAUGUGGUGGCAGCAAGGUAAAAGUCAGCAGCAUUUCUGCCUCAAAUCCAGUCUCCUUUCCCGGCUCUAUGACCCUCUCCUUCGACGCCGAAAUUUUGUCACAGGUAGAUGAUGUGGACCUUAAGUUGACUAUUAAGAGAAAGACUGGGGGCUUGUUUGGCAUAUACGUCUGGUUAACUCUACCGUGUCUGAGUGAUGUUGGGUCUUGCACCUACAAAGACGCCUGUCACAUCAUGGACCGCUCCACCGCGGAAGGUGCGUCAGCCGGUAUAAAGAGCGUCGCAACACAAGUCAAGGAGAUGCUGAACGGCGCCGGCCCCAGUGCAUUUUCGCUGUCUUGCCCGUCUGCGCCUCGCAAACUCUCCGUCGGCCCCUAUCAGCUGAAUUUGCCGAAGCCUGACGCUGGUGCCGUUGGUAACGUUAUCACUAGCCUGUUUGGGUCGUCUGAUUAUGACGUCACGGCUCAGCUUGUGAGCCCCAGCUCUGGAGAGGUUUACGCCUGCGUGAAUUUCAUCACCUCGGUGAAAAUGUAAAGAUAAAGAAUAAAUGGAAAAUAAAGGAAAUCAAGUCCAGUGCACACUGUAGGAUAUGAGCUGAGCUUUGACUUCCGUAACAUUUGGCCACACGCUUAGCUUAUAUGUGGACUCGAGUUUCCUGUAGUGACAGACUCACUGAAAGCCAAGCAAAAUAGGCGCAGCUGCCUGACUAGUGAUGCCGUUAGUUAAGCUUAUACCUUACAGUGUUUGCUGGGCCUGGCUGAUAUUGUACGUGCAAUUCUGUAUAUGUGUGCACUCUAAGUGCCCAAAUAAAGAAAUGAAAUGAAAAAAAUUAAUAUUGAA